GCGUGGUAACGGAGAGGGGGAGGGGUUACGGGCUGAGCCUAGGAGGACAGCGACAGGGACCGCAUACACCAGGCGCCUGAGCCAGUCCGUGCACGGGUGACAUGUAUGUGACACUAUGCAGCAGAAAGAACAUUCUCCUGGGAUUGCUCUAUUGAAAUAUUGCUCAAGAAGGCAGAAAAGAAACUGGAAGCACCCCCUCCUGCUACCUCCCCACCAGGGGAUUGCUAUGGCACAUGUACUGGAAGUAUAUAUACCUGAGAGCAACUGAGAUGAUUCAGACUCGAUGCUUCAGAGGAAGGCACUAUGGAAGAGCACUCUGCAGAAUUGCCGUUCUCUGACUUUAUGCUGAGAGGGAAACGGGACACCUGCACAGCAAGACUACACCUCUUCUACUCCUUCAUAUGUCUGAGUGUCGUCUUCUCCAUUACAGAUGCCAUCCAAAUCAGUUCUGUGUGUCAGAGAAGUAGAAUUCGGUUUGGUUAUGGACUGAGGACUAGGAAUGAUAACCACUACCUGAAGGUUGCUGAUGGUCUCCAGUCACUUCACUCCUGCCAUGAUUCCUGCUGUCGGAGCCACUCCUGUAAUGUAUACUGGUUGCUGGGAGACACUUGCAUCCUUGCUGACUGUAGGACUCAUACGGGGUGUUCAGAAACUAAGAUGAACUCUACAGACUCCCUGUUAGUGUUUUUAAACAGGCAGCACACAUCAUGGACUCCAUUUCACCACAUGCCACAUAUCGCUACACAGGAACAGCAUCACUUUGGGGAAUCACCCAAGAAAUGGUGGAGAAAAGCAGGACCUUCAAGAGUUAAAAGACAAGUGGUUGAGAGUAAGGAUUCAAAACAUGAAAAAGAGCCACAAGUUCCAUCCAAACCGUUGUCAGAACAAGAGCCUCUCUCAGUGAGAAACCACCAGACCAAGGCAAAGAAUUUAGGAGUGAACCCAAUUGCAGAGACACCUACACCAUCUUCAGUGCCGUCUGCACUUCCACCAUCUGAUAGCUCAUUUACAACAAGAUCAUCAACUGUUGCCACAAACUCACUACAAUUUGACAGUUCACCAGUUACAGAUGGAGAAAAUGCCAGUCUAGUCACGUUGGCACCAGUCGUGGUUCCUGGCAACACAAGCACACAUCCAACACCAGCUCCUACCAGUAUUAGCACUACAUCUCCAGUAACAAACAAGCUUGUGGUGUCUGCUGGGGACAGCGUGGACAUAACUCUGCCAAGCAACGCUGUCCAGCUGAAUGCUUUUGUCCUUCCAGAGCCUCCUGAAGGAAAUGUAUAUACAUAUGACUGGAGGUUGAUCACACAUCCAACGGAUUACAGCGGGGAGAUGGAAGGGAAGCAUUCUCAGUCACUCAAGCUUUCAAAGCUCACAGCAGGUCUCUAUGAGUUCAAGGUCAUUGUGGAUGGUGAUAAUGCGCAUGGAGAGGGCUUUGUGAAUGUCACAGUCAAACCGGAGCCAAGAGUAAACCAGCCUCCUGUAGCCAUUGUGUCACCUCGCUAUUUGGAAAUUUCAUUGCCCACCACUUCUACUGUGAUUGAUGGUAGCCAGAGCACAGAUGAUGAAAAAAUUGUCAGUUUCCACUGGGAGGAGCUGAAGGGUCCUCUAAGAGAAGAGAAGAUCAAAGCAGAUACGGCUGUUUUAACACUCACCAACCUGGUACCUGGUAAUUACACCUUCAGGUUGACUGUUGUAGACUCUGAUGGUGCCAAAAAUUCUACAACUGCUAACCUUACAGUAAACAAAGCUGUUGAUUAUCCUCCUGUGGCAAACACAGGAGCCAACCAAGUCAUUACACUGCCCAAAAACUCUAUUGUCCUGUAUGGAAAUCUAAGUACCGAUGAUCAUGGUAUUGUCAGCUAUGAGUGGUCCUUGAGUCCCAGCAGCAAAGGAAAAGUCAUGGAAAUGCAGGGAGUGAGAACAUCAACUCUUCAGCUGUCAGCUCUUCAAGAAGGAGACUACACAUUUCAGCUGACAGUGACAGACUCUGCAGGCCAGCAGUCUACCAGCGAAGUGACUGUAAUCGUUCAGCCUGAAAACAAUAAGCCUCCUCAGGCUGAUGCUGGACCAGACAAAGAGCUCACUCUUCCAGUAGACAGCACAAUUUUGGAUGGCAGCCGGAGCACUGAUGAUCAGAAAAUUGCCUCUUAUCUUUGGGAAAAAACACGGGGGCCCGAUGGAGUUAAGAUUGAGAAUGCCAAUAGUAGCAUUGCUACAGUUACUGGCCUGCAGGUUGGGGAGUACGAGUUCACGCUGACCGUUCAGGAUGAGAGAAACUUGCGGGAUCAGAUGACAGUCAGCGUAAUUGUGAAGGAAGAAAUCAAUGAGUCACCUGUUGCAAAGAUUUCAGGAAAUGUUGUUAUUACUCUUCCAACCAACACAGCAGAACUGGAUGGUACAAAAUCCUUGGAUGAUAAGGGAAUUGUCAGCUACCAAUGGGAGCGGGAUGAGCGGAGCCCAGCAGCAGGGGAGGUGUUGAAUAACUCUGACCAUCAUGCAGUCCUGUUCCUCGCUAACCUCGUUGAAGGAACUUACAUCUUUCACUUGAAGGUGACUGAUGCCAAAGGAGAGAGUGACAGCGACAGGGCUACUGUAGAUGUGAAACCAGACCCCAUGAAAAAUAACCUGGUGGAGAUGAUUCUGGAUGUGAAUGUCAGCCAGCUGACUGAAAGGCAGAAGGGGAUGUUUAUGAGGCAGAUUGGGGUUCUUCUUGGUGUUCUAGACUCUGAUAUCACGGUGCAGAAGAUCCAGCUCUACACAGAAAAGAGCACAAAGGUGGUCUUUUAUGUGAAGAAUCAGCCCCCUCACUUGGUCAUGAAUGGUUACCAGGUUGCCUGCACACUUCGCAAUGAACUGCGCAAACAACAGAGUGAUUUCCUCAUCUUCAGAGCACUUGAGAUUGACACAUUCACCUGCCAGCUAAAUUGUUCUAUGCAUGGCCACUGCAACUCUGUCACCAAGCGCUGCGUGUGCGACCCUUUCUGGAUGGAGAACUUUAUACGCCAGCAGUUUGGCGAUGGCGAAAGCAACUGUGACUGGAGUGUGUUAUAUGUGGUUAUCACCAGCUUCCUCUCGCUGGUGGCUUUGGGACUGCUAGUCUGGUGCACAAUCUGUUGCUGUAGAAGGAAAAAGGGGAAGCCAAAACGGAAGAGCAGGUAUAAAAUUUUGGAUGCCACAGAUGACCAAGAAAGUGUGGAGUUGAAGCCCAGCAUCAAAACUGGUGUAAAAUUAAAACCUCCCAUUCAGAAUACAAGUUUGAUGCAUUCAGAAUCAGAGAUAGACAGCGAUGAUAAUACUUACACCUGGUCUGAUCGGGAGAAAGGCAAACUUCUUAGGCCUCAGAAUGGCUCUUUGCGGAAUGGACAAGCCUCUCACAAAAGCAAAAACCAAAGAGAGGAGUUGUUAUAGCAGAGAUGCUGCAAACUCACGUCUCACCCAGGAAUUCAUUUUAUUUGUGCAAACAGUUGGAAGUCGUCGUACCGUCCUUUUCACCACUUCUCGUUUACUAUGUGGACAAAGCUGCUAUCUUGAACUGCUUUUAAAUAAAUGGAUAUUUUAGUAGAUUUAUCAACUAUUUUGCGCCUCUAAGGGCACUGAGGCUGGACAUACUUGAACUGGAAUUUUUUUCAAUGAAGAAUACUACUGGAUUUAUGCUCAUAGAAUUUUUGUUUAAAUUUGACUAAUUGUUUUUUGGAUGCAUAUGAUCUUGGGUCCCUGAACUCCCAAGAAUGAGCCACACUGUUAAAUUUCAUCAACUAAAAUGCACUACUCUGCCAGAUUUUUAAUGGCAUUGAAGGAUAAAAUGUGAAAGCACUGGGCAUUUUUUAUUGCCCAACCUCAAUACUGUACUUUUCUUACAGCCUAAAAAAUCCAGAACAUCUUGCUUUUUCAUUUUAUAACAAAUACGUUUCCAGAAAAAUUAUAUUGACAUCUAGGCUUAACUAGCAUCUAAGUAAAUAUAAGUUAUGGCAAAUAGCCAUAGUUUCUGGGGCAAGAUGUCCGAUACAAAACUGGAUUGUACUCAAUAAAGUCGAACACUGAAUAAAACUUUUUCCUUUUUUUUUUUUUUUUUUUUUUUUUUUUUAAAACAAUGCUUUCUGGAGAAAUAAAAGCCCUCAAAGGCUAUGGUCAGUUGCUUGCGUUACUCUAACAUGUUUUUCAGAUUCUAAAUUGCAGUGAUACAAGACUCUCAAUGCAAAAUGAUGCACAUGAAAUGUCAUACAAACAUGUGUUUGUGUUAAAUAAUUUCCUACCCUAGCCUAAACAUUUCAGGUUUCACAUUUCUUUAUUUCUGUAGUUGUGUUAUUAUACACCUAAUCUGGUUAUACAAUGGUAAAACUUGGUUCCCAUUUACAGUAGUUGUCAACUUCCAGAUAUUUCCCUCCCACUAUAAGGGGCAGAAUAGAUUGGCCAAGUGGUUCUUAUCUACCGUCAAAUUCUUAUGUUUCUAUUCCUCCACACUGUAUGGUAAGAAGACCUUUGAACACACUCUUUCUGCACCCAAAAGCCCUAACACUUGCAGUUUAGCACACUGGAGAGCCUAAGAAUACAACAGUGGCAGAAGUUUUGCAUGAAGGUAGUCCUACAGCACCAUUACACCUAUAUCUUUAUAUUCCAAAGUCCUAAUGUGAAUAGUAAUUCUGAAGUUUGCACAUGUUCCCAACUUCCCACCAAUGUAACGAAGUUCUUCAAGGCUCUCAUUUUUAAGAAUUCAUUUCUGUUUAAGUUAGAACAGUAACUUAUUUUGCAAUGUAUAAUUUAAGGUAUUUUUGUGUUCAGUAAAAUGAAGGUAUUGUCACUUAUGAGAGAUGCCAUUAAAAAUGAUAGCACAGUGAAA